AUGGCAGACAAAGAACUCGUCCUCAGCAAAGUAAAACUUUACAUCCACCACCCGGUCCCCAAUCAACUCUUUGCCGACAUCUUCCCCAUCUUUCGGGACCCAGCAGUAACAGAAGCCAUAAUCUCUCACCUGGAAUCUCACAUAAGAUCCACUCAUGACCUCUCCAAAAUCUCCAGCAUAGUCUGUCUCGAAGCUCGCGGAUUUUUCUUCACACCCAUCCUCGCCUCCCGCCUUCAACUCCCCUGUGUCCCGGUCCGGAAACCGGGAAAGCUUCCCGGGGAGGUGAUUACCACUACCUAUCAAAAAGACUACGGGCCGGACAGAUUCGAGAUGAAGACUGAUGCAUUUGAAGGUAUUGAGACGGCGGGGAAGAAAGUCAUUUUAGUUGAUGAUUUGUUGGGGAUGGGUGGCUCGAUUAUGGCUGCGAAGGAGUUGGUGGAGCAGUUGGGGAUGGAGGUUGCGGAGGCGGUGUUUAUUUUUGAUGUUGAUGUACCGGUGUAUAAUGUGGCGGUUGAGAAGAACUUGAAGGGAUUGCAGAGGUAUGCUAUGGUUACGCUUACAAAGACAAACAUGGGGGCUCCGAUUGAGUGUUGA